UGCUAUUUGAAUUUCUUUCAAAGUAAACUCAUUCUCCAUGGUCUCAGCCAGAAAGCAUCUUGCUUCAGGACUGAAACAAUUGUUUCUCCAUCUGAAGGCAGAAGUAUUUUUCCAUCAAGCUCCCAGCAAGUGCUCCAUUCAGAGGAGCUAUUCCAAGUAACACAUCGAUUUUCCUGAGAAAUCAAGCUUGAGUAACAUCUUCACUUGAACACUAAAAUAGGGAGAAAUGCAGACAGAUAGAGCUCAUGAGUUGAUUAAGAUCCUGGGACAUGGUGGCAAUCCACCUGAAAAUAUCACUGAGAACUCUACAAAUAAUACAGACUGUGUCCCAGUUGUGGUCCCAGAAGAAGUGUUCUUCGCCAUUUCCAUCAUUGGAGUUUUGGAGAAUCUGUUGGUCCUCCUGGCUGUAAUCAAAAACAGAAAUCUUCAUUCCCCCAUGUAUUUUUUCAUUUGUAGUUUAGCUGUUUCAGACAUGUUGGGAAGCCUAUAUAAAAUCCUAGAGAACAUCCUGAUCAUCUUCCGGAACAUGGGCUAUCUCAAGCCUCGUGGAGAUUUUGAAACCAGAGCAGAUGAUGUUGUGGAUUCCUUAUUCAUCCUUUCAUUGCUUGGAUCCAUUUUCAGCUUAUCAGUGAUUGCUGUUGACCGCUACAUUACAAUUUUUCAUGCUCUGCAGUAUCACAGCAUCAUGACAAUGAGACGUGCUAUAAGCAUCCUAGCAGUGAUCUGGGCAUUUUGUACAGGAAGUGGGAUUACCAUGGUUAUCUUUUCCUAUGAUGUACCCACUGUCAUCUCCUUCACUUCACUGUUCCCUUUGAUGCUUGUUUUUAUUCUGUGUCUAUAUGUGCAUAUGUUCCUCCUGGCGCGGUCCCACGCUAAGAAGAUUACUUCUUUGCCCUCAAGUAGAGUGCACCCAAGAGCCAACAUGAAAGGAGCCAUUACACUCACCAUCUUACUGGGCAUCUUUCUUUGCUGCUGGGCUCCCUUCGUCCUCCAUAUCCUCCUGGUGACAUUCUGCCCAAAUAAUCCUUACUGUGCCUGCUACCUGUCAGUCUUCCAGGUGAACGGAAUGCUGAUUAUGUGUAAUGCUGUCAUUGACCCAAUGAUUUAUGCUUUCCGGAGCCCAGAACUGCGGAGUACUUUCAAGAAGAUGUUCUGCUGUUCUGGAUGCAAAUGUAAUUAUUAAUCUUUGAUCCAGAAAGAGCACAUAACUGAUUUCUACCUACCACUAAGUAGCUAACGAGUCAUAUGAAUAAAAACCAAAAAGAAGGUCCAAAAGAAAGUUUCUUUUUUAACUGACAGCAUAUGGCAAUUUCUCCCAUCUUCAAGAAUACUGAGGUGUCCACCAUUCCACAGUCACGGGUUCUUAAAUUGUUUUGAAUUUCCAAAAAUAAAGGAGCACACACUGA